AUGCACAUGUCGCUCGGCCCACAUCGGCCCACCCCCAAACACCACUUUCGGCCAGUGACGAUCACCUCCCCCACCCCCACCUCGUUCACCUGCGUCGUCACCGUCAACCAAUCACACGAAUGCAAUCCCUCACGUCUCUUUCUUGAUCAACUCAACAGGUAUCAUCGACGCGGCAAGCUCGGGAAACAUCUCACGACUCGGACUCGACUGAUGUCGUCGACGUCCAGACCGAUACCUUCGUCGGCUCAAGCACUUGCAUCCCGUCUCGACCCCGCCGCGAUUCACUCCACUUCCUCGCGACAUCAUCCUCCUCGUCGAGUCAUCCACCCAAAAUCACAGACCGUCUAUGUCCCGACUCGUUGUUGCAAACAUCUCGACCGUCCUUGCACACUGGCUUUCAAUCUCGUCGAUCACUCCGACCGAUCAACUUCCCAGCAAAACUCUCGAGACGUUCCGCGGCACACUCCUCAUUGCUUUGCCACUCACUUGA